GUGAACCAGUCAGGAGUUGCAACAGUGUUUGGUGAACCGCAUCACUUUAAAUUGUCUUGAUCAGUACUAGGAGCGUAAAAUCCACAAUCUGUUUCCGUAUGUGUAUUACGCAUUUAAAUCUUCAAUAACCGAAGCAUUUUUAAAUUAUCGCUUACUAACUGAACUUGUUAAGCUUCCUGUGGAGAAGAGGAGCUAUGGAUUUGGUGUAUCUAGUGUGUUUGGCGCUGAGCAUCGGUGCUUGGUUCGCCUCCGCGGAGAGACACAGCGUCUACUGGAACAGUUCGAACCCGAACUUCCUGUGGGAUGAGUACGCAGUGGAAGUGCAUAUCAAUGACUAUCUGGACAUCAUCUGCCCCCACUACACUCACGGCGAGGUGUCAUCGCAUGCAGCUGAGCGCUACGUGCUGUACAUGGUGGAGAGGGAGGACUACGAGGUGUGUAAACCUCAUUCCUUCGACCAGCUCCGCUGGGAGUGCUCGCGGCCGUUCGCUCCCCAUGCUCCCGAAAAAUUUUCUGAGAAAUUCCAGCGUUUUACUCCCUUCACCCUGGGAAAGGAGUUCAGACAGGGAGAGAGCUAUUAUUAUAUCUCCAAGCCAAUGCAUCACCAUGGCCAGGAGUGUCUAAGGCUGAGAGUGGAUGUUGUCGGGCACAAAGGCUCUGGAAAGACCCAUUUAGAUAAAUCCAAGGCAGAUGAUACAGGAAAAAGCAUGGAUGGAGGAAAAGUGAAGUUUCCUGCUGCUGGGGGAGUUCACAACCCCUCUAACCGGCUCCCAGCAGAUGACCCUGCUGCAAUGGAGCCAAACAUCCAGAGGAGUAUCGGCAGUUCAGGAGCACAGCUGGUCUCCUUUCCACUCUUCUUUACCAUGAUCCCAGUCCUAUUAGCCCUGAUGCUACACUAAGGCUGAGCGAGACGCCAUAACAGAGACAAUGCUAACCCAAUGCUGGGCAUUGGGACCAUGAACACUCAGAGAUUGUUUUAUACAGAAUUUUUUAUAUGAGCAUGGAGAGUGCUGUCAGUGUGUGUUUGCGUGUAUGUUUGCGUGAAUGUGGAACGUGGAUCGUUUCCAAAGAAGAGGACCUCAAAGAUGUUUUUUAUUACUUUGUUAUGAAGAUUCUCAUUUUUAAUCAUUUAAGAUGCACACCGUUUUUCAGUUAUAAUAAACAAAACUGCAAGCAAAGUGAUCAGAAUACUUAAUGGAUUAAUAUCACGUUGAAAAUGACAAGAGGAUUAGAUUGUCUUCAUUUUCCUGUGUUUUCAAAUUUUCAUACCAUUGGUACAGAUUUGCAUUAUGCUCCUCAUCUCCAACUGUUAAUGGCGUUUUUCUUCCUCUACAUGUAGAGAAAUUAUUAAUUUUGUGUAUUGGAAAUGUUGUCAGUUACUGCCAAGGUGGUAUGCAUUAUCAUUAUGUAGGAUCUUUGUCAUGUUGUUGUGUAGCACUCAGCUCCCUGUUAUAUCUCUUAAAGUCUGUCAAAGCACCACUGUCACAUUCACACUGACCCAAAAGCAGACAAUUUGAUUUAGGUACUUCGGUUUAUACGAACACCACUGAAAUUAUCUUAAAUCACACAUCAGUUCAGUUAUAAAACAACACAAGAAAACAAAAGGUCUAAUCCAGACCAGUGGUUCUGCACCUUUGUCUCAACCAUUUUUUUUUUCAUAAGAAAAUCAGAAGAAAUGCACCAGAAUUCAUUUGGAUCCUAGAAAUAUGUAUUUAUUUUUUGUGUCAUAAGUCCUUGCCAGUCUAUUACAUGUUCUCAUGAGGUUGAGAGCCACUGAUCGAGUGUACAAAACCGAAAAACUAACAGGGGUUUUAGGGAGCUGGGCUUCUUCGGUGCUUAUGGUUAUUCACUCAUUUCUACUGUCUUGGCAGUAUCAUGGUACACUGGCUGAUGUGCAGAUGUGAUCCCACUUGCAUGUUGUCAAAUUUCAAGCUGAAGGGACUUCCCAGAAUACAUUUACAGUUGUUUGUUUUCUUAUUAAACAUGCUUGUGUCAUUUUGUAAAUGUUUAUAUGUAAAUUUGUAAAUACAGAAAACUAUAAGAAACUGUUUUAAGAAGUGAAAAAUCUUAAGUGAAAUAAAAAAAAUUGUAAUGUCA